AAUGUCUUUGCACCGCCAAUCCUCCGUGAGAGAACGCAGACGGGAUAUAUAGGAGGAAGCCCCGAUUCAACGCCACCUUUAUCUCCUUGCUUCAUCUUCACUCCUCUCCGGAUGGCUGCUGCUACGGUGGCAUUGUCAGCAGUAGCAACCUCCUUUUCUGCAAGCAGAAGAAAGGCUCGUCUCUCUUCGCUCCCCUCAAGGAGGCCUUCUCUCUUCUUCCUCUAUGCCCCAGAGCCAUCCCGCGCUUCAAAAAUCCCACCUUUGGGCACAAAGGGCUGUACCUUACGGUUGUUCGCCAGGGCUGUCUCCCCCGUUAGAAGCUUGUCGUCAUGCCCUUCGACGGAAUGCGCAUGUGAACCGGAAGCGGAAGAAACCAGGCAGUCUGGCCUUGGUAGGCUCCUCCUGUGCGCCUCGGUCUGGAAAGCUUUCGUCUUUGCCUCUUGUGUUGCUUGUGGUGCUUGCCUCGCUGCCGAUGGAUCCAUAAGAGCUUCUAGUUUGGGGUUGAAGGUUGCUACAGCGCUGAGAAGAAUAGGCUGGCCUGAUGAGGCCGUUGUGUUUUCCGUUGCGACCCUUCCUGUGCUGGAGCUCCGUGGCGCUAUUCCGGUCGGCUACUGGAUGCAGCUUGAUCCUCUUAAGCUCACAGUCCUAUCCAUUCUUGGAAACAUGGCUCCGGUGCCGUUCAUCAUCCUCUACCUGAAAAGGUUUGCGUCUUUCGUCUCACAAAGGAGUACGGUGGCAACCCGGUUUGUGAACCUUUUGUUUGAGAGGGCCAGAGAGAAGGCAGGGCCCGUGGAGGAGUUCCAAUGGCUGGGUUUGAUGCUGUUUGUGGCGGUGCCUUUUCCUGGUACAGGUGCUUGGACUGGAGCCAUCAUCGCGUCCAUCCUUGACAUGCCUUUCUGGUCAGCUUUCUCAGCUAAUUUUGUCGGGGUUGUUCUGGCUGGGCUGCUGGUUCAUUUGCUCGUGAAUCUUGGCCUGAAAUAUGCAGUCUUGACUGGUUUGCUUAUGUUCUUUGCAUCAACUGUCAUAUGGAGUGUCCUGCGGUCAUUUAAGAGUUCAAUCAAUUCAAACUGAUGCUUUGGUGGUGAUCAAGUGAUGUUCUAUAGGCAAACAAGAUGGCAUUCAGAUGAAGCAGCAGGAAAUAUGGCUCUUGGCUUUUGUUCUUGAAAGCCUGCUAAAUUGGCUGCUGAUCUUGUGACCAUUAUUUGGAAGAACUCCAAUCUAUGCCACCAAUGAAGAGGAAGUCCAAUCUAUGCCUUUUAUGCUUGAUUUGAAUUUGUCAAACUAUGAGCUGGUAGAUCUUCUUGAGCUCCCACAAUCCUUUCAGUGUCUGGUUUUCAAGAAAUAUAUUUUUGGCAAGAAUAUAUUUUGUUUAAUUUGAAGAUUAUCUGGAAGAACUUACACAGAACAAAUUACCCCCA